ACAAGCGCACUGCUUGAUUCAGGCGCUAAUGGAAUCUUCAUAGACCAGGUCUGGGCUAAGCAGAUUGGACUCCCCCUUGUAAAAUUAGAUGUAUCUAUUCCCGUCUAUAACGUUGACGGUACACUUAAUGCAGGUGGCCGCAUCACACACAAAUGUUCCUUUGUUGUCAAAUACCAAGGACACAGAGAACAAGUCACUGCCGAAGCUACUCAACUAGGGAAGAUUAAUUUAAUCUUGGGCUGGACCUGGCUA